AUGAUGUUUGCUAAAGUUGUUCUUACCAUUGCUGCCCUUGCGGUCUCUACUACCAAUGCUUUCGUGCAGCACCAACCUUUGGGAGUCUCCCGAACCAUCACCAAGUCUUCGUCCUUGAACAUGGUUGCCGAUGACGCCAAAGUAGUCCUUGUAACUGGAUCGUCCCGUGGUUUGGGAAAGGCCAUCGCACUUGAACUUGGAAAAAAUGGACAAAAGGUCAUUAUCAACUACGUCUCUGAUGGUUCUGCUGAUGCUGCUGCCGCCACUGUCGAAGAAAUCAAGGCUGCUGGAGGAGAUGCCGUUGCCAUUCAAGCUGACAGUUCCGAUCCAGAUUCCAUCAAGAAGCUUUUCGCCGAGUCCGUCGAAGCUUUCGGAACCGUUGAUGUCCUUGUCAACAAUGCCGGUAUCACCAAGGAUGGACUUGUUAUGCGCAUGAAGCCUGCACAAUGGCAAGCCGUUAUCGAUUGCAACCUUUCUGGUGUUUUCUACUGCACUCAAGCCUUCUUCAAGCUUGCUUCCAAGAAGCGCACUGGUCGUAUCAUCAACAUCUCUUCUGUCGUCGGGCAAAUCGGUAACCCUGGACAAGCCAACUACGCCGCCGCCAAGGGUGGCGUCAUCGGUAUGGCCAUGGCUAACGCCAAGGAAUUCUCUUCUCGUGGAAUCACUGUCAAUACUGUCUGCCCUGGUUUCAUUGCUACCGAUAUGGUUGACAAGCUUGACGAGGCAUAUUUGGAAACUGUCACUGCAGGAAUCCCACUCAAGCGACUUGGAAAGCCCGAAGAAGUAGCCGGUAUGGUCCGAUUCCUUGCCCUUGACCCAGCGUGUGAUUACAUCACAGGCCACACAUUUAAUGUCGAUGGAGGAAUUGCCAUGGGGGCCUAA